UGAAAGAGGGGGUGUGGUCUGUGUGUGUGGGGAUGGGUAGAGAUUGAAGGGACUAGAGGAAGUAAAAGCGCGAAAAACAAGACUGAUGAUGUCACCAGUGCUGUGCAUGUCCUUCUUGGCCCUAGUCCUAUCAGGAGGAGCCUGGGCAUUUCCUCCCAUUGGGGACGGAGCCUCCACCCAUGUCAGCAUCACAGAAAAAGCCGUGCUACAGAAGGUCACAGAGGUGUGCCAAGCCAUUGCAGAGUCAGAGGGACGAGACUUCACCCCCACGGGUAACUCUGCUGAGGAGCUGGUCCAGGCCUGCCUGGGACCCAAAGCAACAGGUGAAGUGUCAGCAGCUAAGUUCAAAUCAGCCCUGAAUGAGAUCUACAUACAGAACGGACAGGUGGACAGAGACUUUGUCAACAGCCCAGCCCAUCACUUCAACUCAGAGGCGUUUGCUCUGGGCCGGCGCCUUAUAACUGAUGGGGUGGCCAGCAUCAAGGCCAACGUACAAAAGGAGAACUUCCUGGCUGCCAGAGAGACACUGGGGAGAGUACUACACACACUACAGGUAAGAGGAGAGAGAGAGGGAGGGGGUGAAAGAGGGGAUAUGCAAACAUUUCCAGUAGCUAAAGAGACACUGGGGAGAGGACUGUACACACUACAGGUAGCUAGAGAGACAGUGGGGAGAGGACUGUACACAGUACAGGUAGCUAGAGAGACACUGGGGAGAGGACUUUACACAGUACAGGUAGCUAGAGAGAUACUGGGGAGAGGACUUUACACAGUACAGGUAGCUAGAGAGACACUGGGGAGAGGACUGUACACAGUACAGGUAGCUAGAGAGACAUUUGGGAGAGGACUUUACACAGUACAGUAUCCAGGAUAA